GUAAAGCAACAUGGCGCUUCACUGAAGAGUCCUCAAUGAGAAAUAGGUAAAAGAAAACACACGUGGUUAUGCUGCUUCACACGCUGAGACAUGUAGUCCGGUGCGGCUACAACAACGCAAAAGGAUUACAACAGAUCCGCCCCACACCUUUGAGACAAUGGCUGCAGCACAGAGGACAGAAUACAGCUGUGGGCCAGACUAUAUCUGCACAGGCUUCCUCUACCACACUCCCCAAUGCAGCAUCUGAUCGGAUUGUAGGUCGCUGGCUGGUGGGAUGCAGCGGCCUCGUUCUGGGUGCUGUUGUCCUAGGAGGAGUAACCAGACUGACCGAGUCGGGCCUCUCCAUGGUGGACUGGCACUUGGUGAAGGAGAUGAAGCCGCCUCGGACUCAGGCAGAGUGGGAGGCCGAGUUCUCCAAAUACCAGCAGUUUCCUGAAUUUAAAAUAAUGAACCAUGACAUGACCCUUACCGAGUUUAAGUUCAUCUUCUACAUGGAGUGGGGGCACCGUAUGUGGGGAAGGCUCGUGGGUUUAGCCUACAUCCUGCCCACCAUGUAUUUCUGGAAGAAAGGUUACUUCAACCGGUCCAUGAAGGCUCGUGUCCUGGGCCUGUGCGGCUUUGUGUUCUUCCAGGGUCUUCUGGGUUGGUACAUGGUGAAGAGCGGACUGGAGGAGAAGCCGGACUCGUACGAUGUUCCUCGUGUCAGUCAUUACAGAUUGGCGUCUCAUCUCGGUUCUGCUCUUCUUCUGUACUGUGGCAGUCUAUGGACAGGGCUCACGCUGAUGCUGCCUGUGAACAGGAUUCCAGACAGCAGACGUAUUGUGCAGCUCAGGAGGUUUGCCAAGGGCACAGGAGCAUUGGUCUUCCUCACAGCUCUCUCAGGCGCCUUUGUCGCUGGCCUUGAUGCUGGAUUAGUGUACAACUCUUUCCCAAAAAUGGGGGACUACUGGAUACCAGAUGAUCUUCUAGCCUUCUCUCCUACACUCAAGAACGUUUUUGAGAACCCCACCACUGUCCAGUUUGACCACCGUAUACUGGGGAUUAGCUCAUUAGUAGCCAUCACUGGACUCUAUCUGUUCUCCAGGCGCACACAGCUGCCCAGGAGGGCAAAAGUGGCAAUCAGCUGCUUGACUGCUAUGGCAUACACACAGGUGGCUCUUGGAAUCAGCACUUUGCUCCUGUACGUGCCCACUUCCCUGGCGGCUACCCACCAAUCCGGAUCAGUAGCACUGCUUACUUUCGCCAUUUGGGUCCUCGCAGAACUCCGCAAGGUGGCCAAGUAAUUCACCUUCCACCUAAAGACUCCAUUGCCACACAGAGGAAGUUUGUUCAUGACCUUUCCUAUGCAUUUUAGAGUCAACAUGAUAAUGAUAACGUUUUAUUGUGGCGUAAAUUGGCAGCUUGCUGUUUAUUGAAAUGAAGAUGAUGAACGCUGUCUGGUAUCAAAUGUCAGAACAUUCUCACUAAGACGGUUGAAAAGGAAAAAUAUUUUCUUCUCAUCCGAAUACCAAUUGCACCCAUAUGUCACGUGAUUCUCUAAUAGCUCUUAUUAUGCAGUGCAAAAGUUUGUGCACCCUUUAUUUCCCUUUCUAAACAUGACAUGAAUGUUCUCUUCAGUUAAUAUUCAGUCAUCUGUAAGAAAAAAACAUUUUAUUUAUUUCUAUAUCUGCAUGUCAGUCAGUUUUAUGCAGAUACACUGCAUCGUUAAUAACAAGCUACACGUUCACUUUUCCCAUUUGCAAACUUUUGCCAUCAUCUGUAGCUGAUGAUUGGAUGUUUGGAUCUUAUUAAAUGGAAUAAUUUGAUGAUGUAUUGUACAAUUUGAAAUAUUUGCAAAGAGAAUGUAAAUAAAAUUACUGUUCGUGUGUACAGUCAA